AUGAGCGGCUCACUUGACGCGGCCACUGGCCCCACGACCGUCCCCAUUCUGGGCAAGGACUCAAUCGUGGUCGAGUACGGCCUGUGGAACAGUUAUGUUGCUCAGGACCUGCUUCAAAACAUCCGCUCCUCGACCUAUGUCCUGAUCACCGACACCAACAUCGGCGACAUCUACACCCCCGCAUUCGAGAAGAGCUUCAAGGAACACGCCGCCCAGCAUGCGCCCUCCGCCCGCCUGCUCUCCUACACCAUCCCUCCCGGCGAGACGUCCAAGUCGCGCUCCACCAAGGCCACCGUCGAGGACUGGCUGCUGCGCCAAGGAUGCACCCGCGAUACUGUCAUAAUUGCUCUGGGCGGUGGUGUGAUUGGUGACAUGAUUGGCUUUGUUGCUGCCACCUACAUGAGAGGCGUGCGCUUCGUCCAGGUGCCCACGACGCUCCUGGCCAUGGUCGACUCGUCCAUUGGCGGCAAGACGGCCAUCGACACGCCCGCUGGUAAGAACCUUGUCGGCGCCUUCUGGCAGCCCGAGCGCAUCUACAUUGACUUGCAGUUCCUCGAGACGCUGCCGAGGAGAGAGGUCAUUAACGGCAUGGCUGAGGUUGUCAAGACUGCUGCCAUCUGGAACGAGGAAGAAUUCGCCGCUCUGGAGGACAAUGCCUCCCUGAUCAUGAAGACCAUCAACCGCAAGCCAGUCCAGGGCCAGCGCCGCCUGGCUGAUAUUGCCCCCAUACUCAAGCGGAUAGUCUUGGGCUCUGUCCGCGUGAAGGCCCACGUGGUGUCUGCCGACGAGAGGGAGGGCGGUUUGCGCAACCUCCUCAACUUCGGUCACUCGAUCGGCCAUGCUAUGGAGGCCAUCCUCACCCCGCAAAUUCUGCACGGCGAGUGCGUUGCCAUUGGAAUGGUCAAGGAGGCUGAGCUUGCCCGCUAUCUGGGUGUGCUCGCACCGGGCGCAGUCGCCCGCUUGACCAAGUGCAUUGCAAGCUACGACUUGCCCACCUCUCUCAACGACAAGCUCGUGCGCAAGCGCACCGCCAACAAGCAUUGCGCAGUGGAUGAGCUAAUCUCCAUCAUGGCCGUGGACAAGAAGAACGAUGGCCAGAAGAAGAAAAUUGUCUUGCUGGCGGGUAUUGGCAGGACCUACGAGAAGAAGGCCAGUGUUGUUGCUGACCGCGACAUCCGCAUCAUUCUGUCUCCUAGCGUCGUUGUCCACCCUGGCGUAGCCUCCGGCUUGAACGUCUCCUGCACUCCUCCUGGGUCCAAGAGUGUCUCCAACAGAGUUUUGGUGCUGGCUGCCCUCGGCUCGGGUACCUGCCGUAUCACCAACCUGCUUCACUCGGACGAUACGCAGUUCAUGCUCACUGCUGUCUCCAAGCUCGGUGGUGCCUCGUUCUCGUGGGAAGACGACGGCCGUGUCCUGGUCGUCAAUGGAAACGGCGGCGCGCUCUCCGCUAGCCCUGAUGAGAUCUACAUCGGAAAUGCCGGCACUGCUUCUCGUUUCCUGACUUCGGUCGUCACUCUUGCCAAGCAGUCAUCUGUUGCGUCUACUGUCUUGACUGGAAACGCUAGAAUGAAGGAGAGACCCAUUGGACCGCUUGUGACUUCUCUGAGGGCCAACGGUGCGCAAGUCGAGUAUCUUGAGAAGGAGGGAUGCCUGCCCCUGCGCAUUGGUGCAUCUGGCGGUUUCGAAGGCGGAGACAUCGAGCUGACCGCUAAUGUCUCCUCUCAAUACGUUUCUUCCAUCCUGAUGGCCGCCCCGUACGCCAAGAACCCGGUCACUCUUCGUCUGGUGGGCGGCAAGGUUAUCUCGCAGCCUUACAUUGAUAUGACGAUCGCAAUGAUGGCCUCUUUCGGUGUUCAGGUCGAGCGCUCUGCAACUGAGGAGAACACCUACCACAUCCCUCGCCAGAGCUACGUUAACCCGGGCAACUACGAGGUCGAGAGUGACGCAAGCUCGGCUACUUACCCUCUUGCCAUUGCUGCGAUCACCGGAACCACUUGCACCGUUCCUAACAUCGGCUCCAAGUCUCUUCAGGGGGACGCCCGCUUUGCGGUCGAUGUUCUCCGGCCAAUGGGCUGCACUGUGGAGCAGACCGAGACAUCUACCACGGUCACCGGUCCUCCUAGAGGUCAACUGAAGGCUCUGACCGAGGUCGAUAUGGAGCCUAUGACAGACGCUUUCUUGACCGCUUCCGUUCUAGCUGCCGUUGCGACCAACAAUGGCACUACCGCUACCACCCGCAUCAACGGCAUUGCCAACCAGCGUGUGAAAGAAUGCAACCGCAUUGCAGCCAUGAAGGACCAACUGGCGAAAUAUGGUGUUGUCUGCCGCGAGCAUGACGAUGGCCUCGAGAUUGAUGGUUGUACCUACGAGCUCGACACGCCACAGGAGGGCAUUGAUUGCUAUGAUGAUCACCGCGUGGCCAUGAGCUUCGGCGUUCUUUCCCUUGUUGCUCCUGAUCCCGUUAUUAUCCUCGAGAAGGACUGCACAGCCAAGACCUGGCCAGGUUUCUGGGACAUUCUCCAUCAGCUUUUUGGUGCUAGUUUGGAGGGUCAUGAGCCGGACCCAUCUGUUCACCAUAGUGCCUCCAAGAAGCCAACCAAGUCGAUGUUCAUCAUCGGCAUGAGGGGUGCUGGCAAGACGACUAUGGGUGGUUGGGCAUCCAAGAUCCUCGGCUGGCCUUUGAUUGACCUCGACAAUGCUCUUGAAGAGCAAGUCGGCCUUCCAAUUCCAGACAUUGUGAGAAACCACGGCUGGGAAUACUUCCGCGAAGAAGAACUCAAGCUUGUCAAGCGUAUAUUGAAGGAAAAGCCUACCGGUCACAUUCUCGCUUGUGGGGGUGGUGUCGUAGAAAUCCCCGAGGCUCGGGAGCUCCUCAAGAACUGGGCAAAGGAUGCCCAUGUCCUCCUCAUCACUCGGGAUAUUUCAAAGGUCAUGGAAUUCCUCAACCUCGACAAGACGCGCCCCGCGUACGUCGAUCCGAUGAUGAGCGUCUGGGAGCGUAGAAAAGAUUGGUACCAGGAGUGCAGCAACUACCAAUUCCACAGUCAGACCGUCGAGGACAGUGGCCUUGCCAGGACUCUGGAUGAUUUUGCUCGCUUCCUUUCUCUUAUCACCGGAAAGAAUUCUGCCCUGGAGGAUUUGAAGCGCAAGAAGCAAUCGUUCUUCGUUUGUUUGACUGCUCCUCAGAUCAAUUUCCUCUCCGACAAAUUGGAGCAUGUCGUCGUAGGCUCUGAUGCGGUCGAGGUCCGCGUGGAUCUUCUCGAGGACCCUAAUGCGGAGAAUGGCAUUCCGACCGCAGACUUCCUCAUUGAUCAGAUUACCCUGCUGCGGUCAAAAGUCUCUCAUCCUUUGAUCUUUACUAUCCGCAGCAAGAGCCAAGGAGGGAAAUUCCCCGAUGGCGCUAAUGAAGCGGCGCUGCGCUUGUACAAGCUAGCUGUCCGCAUGGGUUUCGAGUUCAUCGAUCUCGAGAUCACUUAUCCCGAGGAGCUCCUCCAGGAGAUUUCCUCGAAUAAGGGAUGCAGCAAAAUUAUUGCCUCGCAUCAUGACCCGAAGGCAGAGCUCUCUUGGAGUAAUGGCUCCUGGAUUCCGUUUUACAAUAGGGCACUGCAGUUUGGCGAUGUGAUCAAGCUCGUUGGUGUUGCUAAGACGCUCCAGGACAACUUUGAGCUCGCGGAGUUCAAGUCGUGGGCUGAGCAGACCCACCCUACUCCUGUCAUUGGCAUCAACAUGGGCACGGUCGGCAAACUAAGCCGCAUCAUCAACGGCUUCAUGACGCCCGUUAGCCACCCUGAACUUCCUGGGGCUGCGGCGCCCGGUCAGCUUUCGGCGGCGGACAUCCGCCGUGGUCUUUCCCUGAUGGGACAGAUUGAACCGAAGAGGUUUUUCGUUGCCGGCAGCCCUGUCUCACAGUCCCGCUCUCCUCCUAUGCACAACACCCUGUUCAAGGAGACUGGCCUCCCUCACUACUACGACCGCAUUGAGACCACAAGUGCCCAUGACCUCAAGGACAUCAUCCGCCAGCCCAACUUUGGCGGUGCUUCCGUCACCAUUCCUCUAAAGCAGGAGAUACGCCCUUACAUUGAUGGCGUUGGCCCUGAGGUCGAGGUCAUCGGUGCUAUCAACACCAUCGUGCCCGAGGAGGUCACUGAUGAAGCUGGCAACUCCCAGGUCCGCCUGAUCGGUCGCAACACGGAUUGGCAGGGCAUGGUUUUGGUUCUGCGCAACUCCGGCUCAAUGGGGGGGAGCAACAAGCAGAGCGGUCUCGUCAUCGGUGGAGGUGGCACAGCUCGCGCCGCCAUUUACGCACUCGCCUCAAUGCACUACAGCCCUAUCUAUCUACUCGGCCGUACGUCUUACAAGAUGGAAGCGCUGAAGGCAUCCUUCCCGGCGGAGUUCAACUUGCGUAUUUUGUCUUCUGUCGAAGAAGUCGAGGCGCUCGACGCCGAGAAGGGCAUCCCCCAUGUCGCGAUCGGCACGAUUCCCGCGACCGAGCCCAUAGAAAGCAACAUGCGCGAGGUGCUCUGCAAGGUCUUUGAGAAGAGCGGCGCCGACAGCAUUCCUGGCGCGAGCGGUGGCAUGGAGGAGCCGAAGAGGACAUUGCUGGAGAUGGCCUACAAGCCUUCCGUUACAGCACUCAUGCAGCUGGCAACAGAUGCUGGAUGGAAGACAGUCAACGGUCUUGAGGUUCUGGUUGGGCAGGGCGUCUACCAGUUCAAGAACUGGACCGGCAUCGAGCCGCUUUACAACGUCGCCAGGGACGCUGUGAUGAAUGCCGAUAUCUAG